UGAUGUUGGUCUGUCAAUAUAUCCACCCUCGGUAAAUGGAUUAGUGUUUGAUUGUACCUGAGACUCCGCUGUCGUCACCUUUAAUGAUCUUCGGCUCGAUUGGAAAAACUCCAGGCGCUCAAGGCCAUUCAGAUAUCACAUGGUUCACCGAUCUAAGCAUGGAUGAGAUAGAGAGCGGCUCAAGGUCGGCAUCUUCACAAUGUUCUUCCCCUACUGUGAGCCCGUGGAGAAACAUGGUGGAAUAUUUCAAGAACCUUAUCAAGAACUCAAUAUCUCAGAGGUUUCGUGAAUGGGUAAGGGAGUACUGCAAAAGGAACGGCUUGCUCACCCUGUCUGUGUUAGCGGUGAUGUCUGGCUGUGCGGUGGGCUUCACAUUGAGAAGCUUAAACUUGUCAACACAGGCAAAAAUCUAUUUCUCAUUUCCUGGAGAACUUCUCAUGAGAAUGCUGAAAAUGUUAAUUCUUCCUCUCAUCACAUCAAGUUUAAUGUCUGGCUUGUCUGCUAUGGACACCAAAGCCAGUGGACGCCUUGGCCUACUCACCAUCACAUAUUACCUGUGGACAACCUUCAUUGCAGUAAUAGUGGGCAUUGUUCUUGUGCUGAUCAUUCAUCCUGGAGCUGGUACUGAGAAAGAGGGCCAUAAAGCUGCAGGAGGGCCAGUGAUGACAUCAGCAGAUGCCCUCCUUGAUUUGAUCAGGAACAUGAUCCCAUCCAAUCUGAUUGAAGCCACAUUUCAGCAGUAUAAAACCGAGCUUGUGCCUAAUUUUAAAAACAGCGAAAAAUCAUCGCAGGCCAACUUUGUGUACGUUAUGCCAGACUAUGACAAUCCAAAGUUGGGCCACCCUGUGUUUUUGGAACUGACUCCUCCCCCUGAGCUCCACUACAAGAUCGUUCCGGGGAAAAGCAACGGGAUGAACGUGCUGGGAAUUGUCAUUUUCUCUGCCACUAUGGGUCUUUUGCUUGGUAGAAUGGGAGCGAGAGGUGCACCACUUGUAAACGUGUGUCUGUGUGUCAAUGAGUGUGUCAUGAAGAUCAUCAAUGCUGCUAUGUGGUACUUCCCAUUUGGGAUUGUGUUUCUGGUUGCUGGGAAGAUCCUUGACAUGCACGAUCCUGCGGAUCUUGCGGAGAAGCUUGGGAUGUACUUCAUAACUGUUCUGGCCGGUCUGUUUGUCCAUGGUGUGAUUUUACUACCAUCAUUCUUCUAUCUGUUCACCAGGAAAAAUCCCUUCAGCUACAUCCGUGGGCUACUUCAGGCUCUGGUUAUUGCUUUGGCAACUUCAUCCAGUUCAGCUACUCUGCCAAUUACAAUGAAGUGCUUGUUGGAAAACUGUCACGUGGAUCGGAAAAUAGCCCGGUUCGUGCUUCCUGUGGGUGCCACUAUCAAUAUGGAUGGCACAGCGCUAUAUGAGGCAGUGGCCGCCAUCUUCAUCGCACAGGUCAAUGAGUACGAGCUAGAUUUUGGACAACUUGUCACUAUCAGUAUCACAGCUACUGCAGCGAGCAUAGGAGCAGCUGGAAUCCCACAGGCGGGUCUUGUUACCAUGGUUAUCGUCUUAACAUCGGUGGGUUUGCCUCCGGAUGACAUCUCACUCAUUGUGGCUAUUGACUGGAUCCUGGACAGAUUUCGAACAAUGAUCAACGUGCUUGGAGAUGCUUUAGCGGCAGGAAUCAUGGCUCAUGUGUGCCGAAAGGACUUUCAGAAAAAUACGGCAUCAUCAAACAACGCAGAGAGAAGAGAUACUUUAAUAUCUUAUGGAAACCAAAGCGUGCAGAGUUUUCCCACAUCGGAGACUCCGCUGUUGGCCAACAGGGACUACAUUUUAGAGGUGGUUGGGGAUCAGGUGAUCGAGAAACCACCCUGUUAUAACCUCUGCCAAGUUUAACUUGUGUUGACAUGUGAUACUGAGAUGAAACUGGAGCUGCCUUGACUUCACAAAAAACCUUCCUCUUUUCUUGCUUUUGUUACACUUUUGUGCCAUUCUGUCGUGUUAGUUUUACCUCAACAGUCGCUUUUGGUGAACCUGCAAAUUGAGGAAACUUUGGGGAUUUUCAUAGUUAGCAUCAAUUUUUUUUAUAAAACUAUAAUGUUCAGAUAUUUUUUAAAGGUGUACUAUGCAGGAUUUUCAGUUACUGUUUGUAAAUAUAAUAUCUAAACUUGGCCCCUCCCCUCGGGUGGAGCACUUCCAGAAGCACGCAAAUUAACCAAAUAUUUAGCAAGUAAAUAUCUACACUACUGGUCAAAAGUAUUACACUCACUCAUUCUUUAUUUAUAUUUUUUCCACAUUACAGAAUAAUAAUUAAACUAUGGCAAAACUCAUAUAAUAUAAUAACUUUUCUAAACUAUGGCAAAACACAACUGUGAGAAUUGUGUUGGUGACUAAAAGCAUCCAAAAUAAAUCAAAACUCUGUUACAUUUUUUCAUUUGAAAUGCAGUCACCCUUUGCCUAGAAAUUGCAAAACCAUACCCGUGUCAUUUUAUCAAGAAAAUUCUUGAAGUUUUACUUUAGGAUUAAUUUUUACACAUAUGGGUUGUUGAGGCCAUAUUUUUUUUCUUAAUUUGGCCACAACUUUCUCUAUGUAUCAGCAAAUGGAAUGAUUUUUGGUGACAAAUCUUUAUUGACACAUAUUUUGGGAACAUGCUUUGACAUUUUUCAAAAACUCCACAAUAUACAGCAAAUUUACUACCCUUUCGGGACACACACACACAUACGCACAAAUAUGCUGUGAUACUUUAUAUAACUCAAUGUACAAGCCAGAAAUUAAGCCAUGUUUUUACACAUGUGGGGUAAUGGUGCCACAUGGUCAUCA